ACGAGUUAAGACGGUGCAAUUAGAAUGUAGAAUUGUAGAACAAUAGUAUUGUUAGCGAGUGUUAGUUCCAGUAUAUUGUCGAUUAUUCAGUCAUAAUCCUAAAAUAUUUAUUGCUAUAGUGGACCUGAAUAAACUUAGAUUAAUUUUCUCCAUCAUUUUUUACGUGUUUAAUUGAUAAUAUUGUUUUAUUUUGUGUGUUAACAUGGAUCCGGGUAUCCUUUGUUUCCACCAUUGUGAUCACAAAGUUUUUUGUACAAUUAUUCCUGAACAAUGCCCAGUUUGCAAACAAAAACUUGAUCGGUACGACUACAAGCUUUUACCGUUCCGAGUUCCUUAUCCGUUUGUAAAAGCAUCUCAACAUCCAAGGGCGAUAGUAAUGAAGCCUACUCAAGGUGAUUUUCUUAAUGACUAUUACAACUCGCAAGACUUGCACAUUGGGGUCACUAACUCUCAAGGGUGUGUCAUUGAGUUCAAUGAGGAGGGCAUUUGGGGUGUUGACCCUGUGACAAAGAAAUGGAGUAACUGUGACAACAGCGCGCACUGGGAUCAGUGUCUGAUGCUGGAACAAUUUGACGAAUUGUGGAAUGAAAUAUGGGACAGUGUGCUCUUAAAGAUAAGCUCCAGUCCUCUUUGGGAAGCACAUAGAUAUAAUGAAGAGAGACAUAAUUGUUUUACAUUUGUGCUGGCAUUCUUAAGAGCUCUGGAAUGUGGUGAACUUUCAGAAAAGGCUCAAGAUCCGAAACUUUUCUGUAAACAGUAUGUUGUUCCAAGAACUUCAGCUGCGGGGAAAUAUAUCUCCCUGUACAGGCAACUUAAGCGACAAAGUUACUUCAUACAAAGCCAAUGAUAACUUCAGAACUUAUAAUUUAUUAUAUAUUUAUUUUAUUCAGGUGUGUCUGUGAUGUUAAUGUUAAAAAAUCGAAUUGAAAUGCAUUUAUUUCCAACCAAAUGAUUUCUAAGUUUAGUUUGGAUUAUAAUGUAAUGUUAAAUGGCUUUUUAUGUUUAUUUCCUUGCCAAAAUAUAUUUAUAAUUAGUAUUCAUAAAAGUCAGUAUUAUUUAUAUUUACUAAAUAGCACUUUUAUAUGCUGUCACUUAAAAAUAUUGCUCCAAUAAACUAAGUAAAAUAAUUUGCCAGAAAAAACACUGAAACAGUUACAGACGAAUUUUUUUUGUAAUUAUUAAAAAUGUAGAUUAAACAUACAUUCAAUAUUUUUAUGAUUUUUAAGACUAAGAUGGUUAAUUGAAACAUAUCCUAGCUAUCACCUUGCCAAUUCUAGAUGCUUGCACAAAAUUCAUAUAAUGCCAUUAGUAAUAUUCUUUGUGCAUGUUUUUAUCAGAAUUAAUAUAUUCGUAAUAUGACAUUGUUUAUAGCAAUAUCAGCACAUCUACUAUAGCUGCUAUCAUUGCAUCAUGAUGUUUGUCUUUUUAAGUAAAAUAUAUCGUUAUUCGUUCCAGUGCUCAUGUAUAUAUUCGGAAGUUUGGAUGGAUCUUAUUUUGUCUCGAUUUAUUUUAUUAACGGCUUGUCCCUCCAAAAUGUUAAUUGUCUGAUAAGAAUCUUACUUGUAAAAUUUGUGAUGGAAAUAUCAGAUUUUGUUAUUUGACAGUGAGAGAGAGAAUUUGAUUGAGAGGAGACCGUUUAAAUUUUCUUUGUCUUCCUAAUGUUCAUGAGCAGAUAUUAAUUCUUUGAAUAUUAGCUUGGUCCUUUGAUUCAAUGUUAGUUGGAAGUAAUGAGUCACAUUACACGGUAAUUGUAUCAAUUGAGCAAUUCCUUGUAAUGUUGCAGUUUAUACACACUGUAUUGCCGACGGACUUAAUUAUUAAAGUAUGAGUUAUCUGUCUUUUUAACUUUGAAAAUAGACUUAAUGUCCAUUAAAGUAAGAUGAGUAAAGCUUAAAAAGAAUAAAUGUAUAUCUUUCAUAACACUAAGAGCCCAAUUAAUAAUAAUUAAUAAUUCUGAUAAAAACAUAGCAUGAAAACCAUAAUUAAUAAUUUCUGUCUUCUAUCACUAUCUUUUUUGACUAUAAAAGGAAUUGUAUGAUGUAGGAAUAACAUGUUUUUUCUAUACAUUUACAUAGCAUAUGUUGCAGACCAAUAAAAGACUAUUGUCAUCAGAUUCUUGCAAUAAACAAUUUACUGUUUAUAAUACGCCUAAUGAGAUUGUAAUCUGUCAUUUUAUAUGUCGGUCAUAAAUGCUCAUACUUAGGAAUAUAUCAAUUUUCGACUUCCAUAGAAACUAGGUUAUAUAUCUAAUUCAUAUAGUACUGCCAUGAUAGAUUAGGUUUUGUAAAAUUUACACUAAAAAUUAGUAAAUAUUGUCCACAGUUUUGUAAUACAUUUCAUACAAGAGUAUUACUAUUAUUGCAAUAUUUGUUUAUUUUAUAUAAAUUAAUGAUGCUUGCCGAAUUAUUUAGGUUUAUAAAACAAUAGCAUUUUAUUACCAAAUGUCUACUGAUGAAUAUCAUACAAGAUUUUUUUUAUAUAGAAACUUUUUUCUAUCAGAAUGUGUGGAGAAACUUUGUAUAUGACGAUUUUACGCCAAUGUAAACCCAAGCAAAUCUCCGAAGUCAUUCCGUCUCUGGUUAUUUCCAAAAUUACCAAGAUUAUAUCUAUGUACUUUACAUGUGAAAUUUAUCUUUAUUUUAAUUAGUCAAUUAAUUUAACAAAUUGGUUAAUAUAUGUAAUUAUUUAAUUCAUAAGAUAUUUGUAUGCAACAGCUUAAAUAGAUUUAAUAUUUUGGUUUAGUUUCUCGAGGCUCAAACAAACAAUAGUUUUUUUCGCAAUACUUAAUUAAAGUAAAUAAAUUCUUUUAAGUAGUCGCAAGUCGGUUCCUAAACUAUCCAUCAAUUUUGGAGCAGUUUUUGUAAGAGGAUCUUCGAAACAAAUUUACUAGGUGCUACAUUGAAAAUAAAAAUAAUUAAAUUGAAA